ACCUUUCUUCAAUCAUCUGAUCCGAUCUUCUUUUCUGGCCAUGGAGCUUCAGCUUCCUUCUUUUCAAAUCCUCUUCACCAUCCUCCUCGUCUCCAUCUUCAUAUUCAGAAGUUUAAAGAAAUCAAAACCCAAGAAUUCAAUCCCAGGGCCAAGGAGAUUGCCGGUGAUCGGGAAUUUGCACCAAAUCGCCAGCCCUUCACCCCACAAGACCCUCAGAGACUUGGCCCUCAAACAUGGACCACUCAUGCAUCUCCAGCUCGGUGAAAUCUCCACGGUCGUUGUUUCUUCACCGGAAGUAGCGAGAGAAGUAAUGAAAACCCACGACAUCAACUUCUCAUACAGGCCGGCCCUUGACGUCCCCAAAAUCUACACGUACGAUUUCACCAACAUCGCCUUCGCCCCCUACGGCCCCUACUGGAGACACCUCCGUAAAGUCUGCACCACCGAGCUGUUGAGCGCCUCCAGGGUCCAAUCGUUCCGAUCGAUAAGGGAAGAAGAGGUUCUGAAUCUCGUGAAGACGAUACACGAAGGUGGCGGGAAGCUGGUGAAUAUCAGCUCCAAGAUCUUCUCCUUGACAUAUGGGGUGGUUGCCAGAGCAGCGUUCGGGGGGAAAUGUAAGGAUCAAGAGACUUACAUCGACAGUAUUACGGAACUCACUAAGUUGCUUGCUGGGUUUUGUGUGUCUGAUUUCUUUCCCUCCAUUAAAGUUCUUAAACAUUUAAAUGGCGUGGAGAAGAAAGUCCUGAAGAUGCAUAAGGAGAACGAUAAGAUUAUCGAGAACAUCAUUAGGGAACACAGGGAGAGAAGGGCUAGAGUCAAAAAUGGCGAUGAACAAGCUGAACAAGAAGAUCUUGUCGAUGUGCUUUUGAGAAUUCAAGAGGAGAAUGAGUUCCCCUUGGGAGACAAGAACAUAAAAUCAGUCAUCGUGGACGUUUUUGGUGCGGGAAGUGAAACAUCAUCAACAACCGUAGAGUGGGCACUCUCCGAAAUGAUUAAACACCCAAGGGUUAUGAAAGAAGCUCAAGCUGAAGUAAGGCGAGUCUUCGGAUCAAAAGGAAACGUAGACGAAUCAGGCCUUCAUGAACUCAAAUACUUGAAAGCCGUCAUUAGAGAAACCUUCCGAAUCCGGCCGUCGGUGCCAUUGUUACUCCCCAGAGAAUGCAACCAAGCUUGUGAAAUCAACGGCUACGAAGUACCCGCCAAAACCAGAGUCCUCGUCAAUGCAUGGGCACUAGGAAGAGACCCUAAUUACUGGAACGACCCAGACACGUUUUACCCCGAAAGAUUCCUCAACGGUUCAGUCGAUUACAUGGGAACCAAUUAUGAGUUCGUCCCGUUUGGUGCGGGAAGAAGAAUGUGUCCAGGGAUCACGUUCGCGACACCCAAUCUGGAGCUGCCACUGGCGCAGUUGUUAUUCCAUUUUGACUGGAAGCUGCCCAAUGGAAUGAAAGGGGAGGAUCUGGAUAUGGAUGAAGUUUUUGGCAUGACUGUCAAGAGGAAAAAUGACCUUGUUCUUAUUCCUACUCCGUAUCAUGCUUCUAAAAUUGUUCAUUAGAAUCGGGAUGGAGGAAAUGUGUUUGGGUUUCUUUCCCACUGAACGUCGUAGACGCCGCAGUGGAAAACUGUAAGUUAAUGAUCCUAUUGUAGCCGCCAAAACAUGAUGAGUUGUUCCUGUCAUGUAUUUGGUAAAACAAAAUAAGCUAGUGCCGCCUCUGUCUUUUUCUUGA